CUUUUCCGGUUUCCUCAACACAAGGAACCAUGAGUAGCAAAGUCUCCCGCGACACCCUGUACGAGGCGGUGCGCGAGGUCCUGCACGGGAACCAGCGCAAGCGCCGGAAGUUUUUAGAGACUGUGGAGUUGCAGAUCAGCUUGAAGAACUAUGACCCUCAGAAGGACAAGCGCUUCUCGGGCACCGUCAGGCUGAAGUCCACGCCCCGCCCCAAGUUCUCCGUGUGCGUCCUGGGGGACCAGCAGCACUGCGACGAGGCCAAGGCCGUGGACAUCCCCCACAUGGACAUCGAGGCGCUGAAGAAGCUCAACAAGAAUAAGAAGCUGGUUAAAAAGCUGGCCAAGAAGUACGAUGCCUUUCUGGCCUCUGAGUCUCUGAUCAAGCAGAUCCCACGAAUCCUGGGACCCGGCCUCAAUAAGGCUGGCAAGUUCCCUUCUCUGCUGACCCAUAACGAAAACAUGGUGGCCAAAGUUGACGAAGUGAAGUCCACAAUCAAGUUCCAGAUGAAGAAGGUUCUGUGUCUGGCUGUGGCUGUUGGUCACGUGAAGAUGACAGAUGAUGAGCUUGUGUACAACAUCCAUCUGGCCGUCAACUUCCUGGUGUCCCUGCUCAAGAAGAACUGGCAGAAUGUCCGGGCCCUAUAUAUCAAGAGCACUAUGGGCAAGCCCCAGCGCCUGUAUUAGGGCACAUCCUAAUAAAUGUCAGUGCCACCACU